AGGAAAUACAGGGGAGUGCGAAGGCGUCCGUGGGGAAAAUUUGCAGCUGAAAUCAGGGAUUCGACAAGAAUUGGUGUCAGGGUUUGGCUUGGAACGUUUCAAACUGUAGAAGAAGCAGCUAUGGCUUACGACAAAGCCGCGGUUAGAAUAAGAGGGACUCAAAAAGCUAACACAAAUUUUCAACUGGAGGCGGUUAUUAAAGCUAUGGAAAUGGAUUGCUCCCCAAACUACUACCCGAUACACAGCUCAAAUACAUCCCAACCGUUAAGAAGAGGCAACAAAAUAGGAUCGAGAACAGAAACGGAAGCGACCAUGGCUUAUGAUCAUAAGGUCGUUGACGAUGGGAUGGUUGAAAACCACUGUACUAUUGGCCAUCCUUCAACUAAGGAUUAUAGGGAAACUUGUGGAUUGUUUGGGAGUGGAGAAACUUGGCUAGGUUCAAGAAAGAGACCAAGGAGUGACGAAGAUUCUACGUUUCAAGAAGUUAAAAUGAAGAAGAUCAUUGUUACGGAAGAAGAAACAUUAUGUGAUGUGUUUGGAUUGUUUGAGUUUGAGGAUUUGGGAAGUGAUUAUUUGGACACGUUAUUAUCUUCUUUUUGA